UUCGUGCUCGUCGGGGUGUGGUGUGCUCAGCUCUUCGAUUCUCUCCAGCAGGUGGUGAUCGUGUCGCGUGUUCCGUGCCCAAGUCUCAAGGCUAAAUCUUGAGCAACUCGCCGAGAGUGUAAAAUUAAAAAGUUGUUGGCGGUUUAACACACACGAAACAAAAAAAAAAGAGAAGUAAAUUCCGCCGCACAAUUGUGGCUGGUGUUCCGACAAUCACAACCUCUUUUGUGCGCAAAAUAAAAGUAGGAGAUGAUUACAUUUGGCUGCCGUCGCCGUCGUCGUCGUGUGUGAGGAAAAAAUUGAGAGGAAAAUAAAAAAAAAGUUUGAAAAAACAAGCGAAACCCAAAAAAAGUUAAAGUGGAGGAAAGAAGAGAGUUUCAUAUUUGUCCGAGUUGUGGGUCGAGAAAUGUGCAACAUUUGAGGUGAUUCCGAAUCUGGCACGGCGCGAUUUUUUUGCUGGAUUUCUUCCUCUUCAUUCAUCACAUUUGGCCACGGCACAGACCUCGAUCAAUUGACCCUCGGGGUGGGAUCUUCAACACAGCACACAACACAGCCAAGAAGUGAUGAGGUCAACAUGAAGUUCCUGCUGCGAAUAAUUGGAUUACUGCUGAUGCUGUUGGCGUUUGACGCUGCGUCAUAUGCCAACGCGUUCAUCGUACCUGAGGAGCUGCCUUCCAUCCUUUCUCUAGUCUACUCCAACAUCCCGCCAAUCAAAAAAGGAACGGACUCGCGGCUCGGGUUUGGCUUCCGGCUGGGUGACCAUGCCGACUUCCAGGUGCAGUUCGAAAUUGGCCCACAGCAGAGAACGAGACCAAUAGGUUCUUUGUCUGGCAACAAUAAACGUGACGUCGAUUCGGAGGAUUACCAAAACUACAAAAAGCAAACCUCGAGCGCCUCCAACAGCAAAAACCCCGGCAAAACGUGGCUCGAAACGUGGUCCAAAGAAACCAAGCAAAAGCAACACUUCAACAAGGAAAAGCACCGGGACGCGAUCCAAUCCGGCGGAGCCGGUCCAUCAUCCUCCUCCUCCCUCGCUGCUGCCGCCGUCCCCACGGGAAUGCCCGCCUCCCCGAUGAUUGACCACUCGGCCUUCAACCAGCUGCAGCAGCUGUACGACAUGAACAAACCCAAGGACGAAACGCUGCUGGGAACGCUUCCGGCGGCCGAACUGGACGAACGGCUGAAUGCGCAGAAGCGUUCCGAGCUGGUGUUCCGACCGAUGCCGGCGGACAAUGAGGUGGAACCGUCCGGUUUGCCCUCGUUUAAGCCACUUCCGGCGGGGACGAUGAGCGGAACGUUGCGCAAGACAACUCCUCGGAGGAACGUAGUGCGACGGCGGACGACGGGGUCGGCUGCGAACAGUCAGAAGGACAAAAUUUCCGCCGAUCUGGCCGAUGUCUCGCUGGAUUGAGAGGAUCAUUUUAGAGCGGUUGUGUGCGCGCGAGGAUGAAUGAGUGUGUGAGAGGAAUGACUUUUUUACGCGGUGAAAGGACACUUCUUUUAAAAGGCGAACCCGGGGGGAAACUAAUCUGUAUUCUGUAAAUACUGGUGUUGAGGAUGUGAUAUCGAACUAUUUAUUCUAUGACAAAUCGACAGAAAAAAGUGCGCGAGCAAGUUCACUAUUUAUUUGAGUUUAAGGUAAAAUGAGAACAAAUAAAGCGAAAAAGGUGCAAUCGAGAACCAAAAACCAAA